GCCGAGUUCAUCACAGAUCUCUACUUGCAAGAUAGUCAAGUCAGGAGCUCGGAGACUCUAAGACUUGAGAUUAGCGAGACUGAGAUGGACAUCCUAGAAGACAUACUUAUGAACUCGAAAGACGUUCUAUACGUGUCUCCGGAUGCCGCGGCGAGACAGGAAUGGUUUGAGGUGCUUACAAUCAGGGGUGCCAACUAUACAACAUACUGGGGAGUGUCUUUUCUACUAAGCAUGCUUCCCAACUUGGAGUCUCUUAAGCUACCUUCUAAAUAGGUUCAUCCGGGUGCUGCGCAGUCCAAUGACAGCGCACCGUAUGCCUUAUUGAAGCUUCUAGUAGAACGGGCAAACAAUCCCGCACUACAACGUCAGCCGCUGCAAAAGCUCAAGUCGGUGGAGGGACCGAACGCUAAAAACGGUGUUAAUGGUACAAAUAUCGUCCUCAUGUUUCCUUUACUCUCCCUCCACUCGAUGCAGACCUUUCACUGCCACAGUGCCUGCUUGGGAGAAGGGAAAACAGAGUGGGAUAUGUACGAGCAGUAUCCAGCAGUCAGGCCCAAUCUGCAAGGACUAUAUGUACAUGAAUCAGUAAUCACGAGUCAAAACGCGGGACGAUUGUUUGAGUACAUGCGGCAUCUCCGUACUCUGCGCUUUGUGUACUCCGAGUCCGCGCUAAGCGAGUUCUACUUCAACGCUAAUGGCUUUGUUCGGCAUCUCGUCGCAGGAGUUGGUGAUGCGCUAGAAGAUUUAUCCCUGGUGGGACUUGAGUCAAUUGGCUCUGUAGAUAUUGUACGGUAUCCGCUGAAUGGCUUCAAGAAGCUAAGACGCCUGGAACUUGACUUGGCGUAUUUUAUUUCGACUAAUGUUGAAUGGGAUCCUGAUGCCAGAGAGGAUGAGGGUGAUGUGUUGUGCUAUGGAGAAGAAGACGGAGAUAGCAUCUGGGGCUCCGGCGAUGAUAAGCGGGUAGGAAAAGCUGACAAUCGCUUUGUUGGACACUUGAUGGCGGCAACUGGAGACACGCUGGAAGAUUUCGAGUUGACAGCGGGGGACCUGCACUCGGACACGGUUUGCAUUCGCUGCCCUCUCCAUAAAUUCAAGCGGUUGUCAAGACUUGAGAUCGAUACUAGUUUCUUUAUUAACAGCAAAGUGGUCGUUGGCGAGGAUGAAAACUAUCAGAGUGACGAAAGAGAUGACGGAAUUUGGGGGACAGAAGCUGUUCCCCAAGACGAUGCCAUCUGGCGAGCCUAUGAGAUCAGCAAGACGAAAAUGAAGGUCAGGGGAGAAAGUAAACAGAAGGAGAUGAAGGAAGGCUGA